UAAAAUUUCCAGCAGCGGAACGGAUUAUCUAGUACCCCACGGAAGCGGUAGCGUUGGGAACGGAAACCAAAUCUGUAAACAAACGUAUCGCCUGUUAGCAACAGUUGUAGUAGAUCCAAACACAUGUGCGAAACGACAGCGGGCUAAACGCAGAAGAUGUUUAAAAACACAUUCCAGAGCGGAUUUUUGUCUAUCUUAUACAGCAUCGGCAGCAAACCACUCCAGAUAUGGGAUAAAAAGGUGAGAAAUGGCCACAUCAAGAGAAUCACAGACAACGACAUCCACUCAUUGGUGUUGGAGGUUGAAGGAACAAACGUCAGUACCACAUAUAUAACAUGUCCUGCAGACCCCAAGAAGACAUUGGGCAUCAAGCUUCCUUUUCUGGUCAUGAUCAUCAAGAACCUAAAGAAGUAUUUCACCUUUGAAGUCCAGGUGUUAGAUGAUAAAAAUGUCCGGCGACGGUUUCGGGCAAGUAACUAUCAGAGCACAACACGAGUGAAGCCAUUCAUCUGUACCAUGCCAAUGAGGCUGGAUGACGGAUGGAACCAGAUUCAGUUCAACCUGUCGGACUUCACCAGGAGGGCCUAUGGAACUAAUUAUAUUGAAACGCUGCGUGUACAGAUCCACGCUAACUGUCGAAUAAGGAGGGUGUAUUUCUCAGACAGACUGUACUCUGAGGACGAGCUUCCAGCAGAGUUUAAACUCUAUCUGCCCGUCCAGAAUCAGAAAGCCAAGUAGAGCUUCUCAACCUGCACCGUAACCCCAGACCUGUUAUGACGUUUAGCUGUAAGAUUUUCUGUGUGUAGACAUAUGAACUUUAAAACUUUGUAAUAUUGUAAUUUUGGAACUUUGAGUGCCGUCUUGUGUUGCUCUCUGCACAAUAAAGUUUUUUUAUGGACUAAUCGUA